CUACCCAGCUGCCUUUUUCAUCUUCUCACUACGUACUCUAGAUUCAGUUGAUUUCUUCCAAGCUUGAGUCAAUCUUGUGCUUGUUAAUAUAAUGGACCUUGCUUCCUCUUCUUCUUCUUCUUCAUCUUCAUUGACCUAUGAUGUCUUCCUCAGUUUUAGAGGCGAAGACACCCGAGAGAGCUUUGUCUGCCAUCUUCCCAAAGCUCUGGAACUGAAGGCACUCAAAAUCUACAUUGAUAAACAAGGUCUUAAGAAAGGCGACAACCUUUCGGAUCUACUGAAAGCCAUUGCCGAAUCAAAGCUUUCGAUUGUAGUUUUCUCUGAGAACUACGCGAGUUCCACAUGGUGCUUGAAAGAACUGGUGCAGAUUAUGGAAUGCAAGGAGAAGCAGAACCAGAUUGUGAUGCCCGUUUUCUACAAAGUAGAUCCUUCCCACAUUCGUAAACAGACGGGAAGUUUUGCCAAAGCUUUUGCCAAGCAUGAAGGCGACCGCAAAAAGGAUAAGAAGGAAGUGCAGAGCUGGAGAUCCGCUUUAAGGAAAGCCGCCAACUUAAGUGGCUGGGAUUCCAACAAAUAUGAGGAUGAUGCCGACCUCAUUGAGCGUAUUGUAAAUGAUGUAUUUGAUAGAGUGAAUUGGAUCUCGCCACGUAGGGAGGGUGGCUUGGUUGCAAUGGAUUCUCAUCUGCAUCAGGUGGGACGACUAUUAUCCGCUGCUCCUGAUGAUGUUGCCUAUGUUGGAAUCUGGGGAAUGGGGGGCUUGGGUAAAACAACCAUUGCCAGGGCUGUUUAUUACAAAAUUUCUCAUCAAUUUGAUCACCGUUGCUUUUUGGAAAAUGUGAGGGAAGGCUUUAGCAGUUACGGUCAAGUACAAAUGCAACUUCAAUUUCUAUCUGGAAUCUUUAAGGGAAUAGUCAACAGUUUCGAUGGGGGUUACAUGACUAUGUUGGAAAGGCUAAGUCGGAUAAAAAUUCUAGUUGUUCUCGACGAUGUAUCCCGUUCCUUGGAAAUUGAUGCCUUACUCGGAAGCCCACAGGAACGUUCACUUGGUUGUGGUAGUAAAGUCAUUGUAACAACUAGAGAUGAACAAGUACUAGGUGGAUUUAGGAAAUACAAGCCCAAGCCAUUAAGUGAUCCUGACGCUCUUGAACUCUUCAACCAGAAUGCCUUCAGAAAAAUGCCACCCUCAGAAGAGUACGUUCAUCUCUCAAGACGUGCAAUCAAAUAUGCUCACGGUCUGCCUUUAGCACUUAAAACCUGGGGAGCUCAUCUUCGUGACAGAAGUCCAUCUGUGUGGAAAGAUGAGUUGGAGAAAAUAAAGAAAAUCCCAGACCUAGAUAUUCACCACGUGCACCAUGUGCUUAGAAGAAGCUUUGAUGGACUAGAUGAGUACCAAAAGAACAUAUUUCUAGAUAUCGCAUGUUUUUUCAAAGGAAUGCACAUAGAGUAUGUAGAAAUUAUUCUGAACAGUUGUGGCUUCUUUGCCAGCAGUGGUUUAAGCGUUCUAAUUGACAGAGCUCUUGUAAGUAUCUCAAGGUUUGGUGAGCUCGAGAUACAUGAUUUCCUACAGGAAAUUGGUAGGGAUAUCGUCUGCAAAGAACCUUGGAAGCAUAGUAGAUUAUGGAGUUAUGAAGAUGUUCAGGAUACCUUAACACAAAAUAAGGCUAUGGAAGUUGAAGGCGUAAUGAUUGAAUUGUCUGACUCAAAAGAUAUACGUGUAGAUGCUCAAGCUUUUUUUCGUAUGAUGAACCUGAGAUUGCUCAGAAUCACUUACCCCCCAUAUGUGAACCCUUUAAUUGAGAUCAGAAAACUUUUUGAAGGGGAAUUAUGGCCGGAGCGGAUAUACGGUUACCUACCAAAUUUCGACGGUAAAUUACACUUGAAUGGGGACCUAAAGUUUCUUUCUCAUAAGUUGAGGGUUCUCGCUUGGCAUGGUUGCCCCGUAAAAACUUUGCCGUCCAACUUUUACCCAAAGUGUCUUGUUGACCUUGACAUGCGUCAUAGCCACAUCGAACAGCUUUGGCAAGAACCCAAGGCUGCGAAAGAAUUGAUAAGCAUCAAUUUAAGUUCCUGUAAAAAUCUUAAGGAAAUCCCCCUCUGCACUGAGGCGCCGAAGCUUCAGAAACUAAUUCUUAACUAUUGUACAAGUUUAGUGGAGGUUUCCCCAUCCAUUUCAGCUCUUACAGGCCUUGUUUUCUUGAGUUUAUAUGGUUGCACUGAACUUAAGAGUCUUCCAAGCAACAUUCAUAUGAUGAAAUUUCUCAAGACCCUUGUUCUUUCCGGCUGCUCAAAUCUUGAGAUGUUUCCCGAGAUUUCAGAAGAUAUGGAGGCACUAUCGGAGCUUAGGUUAGAUCGCACUGCGAUUAAGAAACUACCAUCCUCAAUUGAACGGCUUCGGGGACUUAAAUCCCUUGAUCUUUACGGCUGCUCAAAUCUUGAGAUGUUUCCCGAGAUUUCAGAAGAUAUGGGGGCACUAUCGGAGCUUAUGUUAGAUGGCAGUGCAAUUAAGGAAAUACCAUCCUCAAUUGAACGGCUUCGGGGACUUAAAUCAUUAAGUAUGAAAAACUGCACAAGCCUUGUCUGUCUUCCCGACAGUAUCUGUAAUUUGGCAGACCUUACAUAUCUCUACCUCGAAGGGUGCUCAAAACUUUGCAACUUGCCUGAGAAUUUGGGGAAUUUAAAAUCUCUGUGUGAACUUAAAGUAGAGGAUACUGGUAUAAAACGACUCCCGGCCUGUAUCUUGCAUUUGAAGCUUGGAAGAUUAAAGUUUCAUUAUUGCAAACAAAUGGAAGCCCCCCUUUCAUCAUGGCCAUCAUCGAUUGAAGAUCGUUGUACUGUUGUGGUGCAUCUUGAUUUUAGUUAUUGCAAUCUGAAGGUGUUAUCGGAUGCCAUUGCUUAUUUUCGUUCAUUAAAAGUAUUGAAUUUAUCAAGAAAUAACAAUCUGAAGAGCUUGCCUGCAGCCAUGAAUCAACUGGGUUACUUAGAACGGCUUCAAUUGGAAGAUUGCAAGAGACUGAGAUCAAUACCAGAGCUUUCAUCAAGAAUAAGUUGCAUAAAUGCGCAUAAUUGCACAGCUUUGGAAGCUGUUUCAACACCACAGUCUCCCUACGAUAUCGGUCGAUGCUUCAUAUUUUCUAAUUGCAGUCAGCUGAUACAGAGAGAUUUUUUCAGAGAUAUUGUAGAAACUCAUUUCCCUCCUCAGGGUAAUUGUUCCCGACCCUUUUAUUUCUCCAUUCCUGGAACUGAAAUUCCAGAGCAGUUCAUCCAUCAGGGUAGGGGGUCUUCCGUAACUGCCCAGCUACCACAAAAUUGGUUUCACAGCAACAAGUUUUUGGGGUUCGCUAUUUGCGCGGUUACUAAUCAGCCCCAGGGUGUUGAUUAUUGGAAACUGUCUGCUCGAUGUUUCUGUACCUUCAAAGGAGAUCAUUGCGAGUACCGUUUCAGUUUCUCUUUGUUCAAUAUUUAUUUUGACGGUUUCUACCGCGACUGGCUUGUGUCAAAUCACAUGUUAGUGGGAUAUGUGCCAUGGUCUGAAUUUGGCAUUAAUGGAGAGGAAGUGAAUGAACGCCAUUACACUGAGGCCAAAUUUGAGAUAGAAUUAUUGCACCGUGAAACAUUGGAGGAAGACGGGGUACUAUUCGACCCUUGCAUCGAAAGGUGUGACCCUUGCAUCGAAAGGUGUGGAGUUCGAUUCGUUUUUGCCAACAACGAGGAUGAGGAAGUUGCCCAUCAAGAUUUUGGGGAACCAAUGGUACAAGGUGAUAAUUCUGAGAUCAGGAGCCUUGAGGGCUGCUCAGCUGAACGCAGUGGUAGUGACAUCACAAGUGACACCUCUGAUGAGGAGGAGCAAUACCUUAAAUUAUCGGAAGUUUUUGAAGGUGCAAACAGAGAACCGAGUUACAUCAGAAAUGAGGACAAUGAAUCAUCUCGGAAGAGGAAAACUCUGGAAAGUUGGACACAAGAAGUCAGAGUUACAUCGGGUCUGAUGCAAGGGGACCUGGAUGAUGGUUUUAACUGGUUCUGCCAUAACAGACAUUUAAUCCCUGACAAAGGAACUACGGAUUUAAGAUGCGGGUAUGUUUGUACACAUCGACCCGGCUGUUGGGCCAGAGCUAAUGUGCGAUCUUUCAUUGACGACCUAACAAUCCUUGAAAUUACUUACAUUGGGAGGCACACUUGUUGGAAAACUCUUCCAAUGCCAAUGUUGACACACCAAGUAAGAGUUACAACAGGUAUGGAGACUGAAGGUCCUUCUGAUGGCUUUAGGUGGGUGAAGUAUGCCCAAACAGACAUACCAGGAGCUAAAUCCCCAAGAGUCUAUUAUGUAUGUUCUCCUCAAAAUGUCGGAGGCUGCAUGGCAAUAAAGGAAGUACAGCGCUCCAAUGAUAAAGAAAUCCUUCAAAUUACUUACAUAGGAAGGCACACAUGUACACUAGCCUCCACCAGCAAUGGAGGAAGGGUUGAUAGCAGUACCUCCGCGGCCAAUGGUGCAUCGAGUGUUCAUGACCAAGUUGUCCAAUCACCAAGUUCACCAGGAGCCAAUGGUCAUGGAGGAAAUGUAACCAGAGUAGCCGACAAUCCUGUUAAUGACAACAAUAUGAUCGUGUUACAAGAUGCAAGCUCACAGGAUAUGGAACCGACACCCUCAAAUGUUGCAAGUGUUUCAUCUCAACCAGUGAUCUCAUCACCAUCUCUGACUCAAGUUAACCUUCAACCUCAGUCUUGUUCGCAGCCCAUUGUUAUAAGAUCAUCUCCUAAUUCCAGAACAAUUGUAUCUCCCAACACAGGGAUGUUAAUGAAGACCAAGUCAGUAGCACAGAAGGCUAAACCCAUGCCUAAACCUGUGACAAAAACCAGCACAAGAGCAAGAGCCCAACAAGGACCAAAGGAGGAUUCCGACAACAAAAUGUGGAAGCCCUGAACUAAACUUCAAUUUUGGAUUUGUUUUGUUCAUUUUUGUCAAUUAAAGCUGGUCUCAGCAACAAUGCAGCUAUUAUGAUAUAUUUCUUUGUAAACAUGUCUCUGUUUGCAUGUAUUUAAUUUAUUUUGAUACAGCUUCAAAUACUAGACUGAAUCUCCCAACUU